AUGUCCGUCAUACUGGUUUCUGCCGGGUAUGACCACACGAUCAGGUUUUGGGAGGCGCUCACUGGGGUCUGUUCGAGGACGAUCCAGCAUUCUGACUCGCAGGUUAACCGGUUGGAGAUCACCAACGAUAAGAAACUGUUGGCGGCCGCGGGUCACCAGAACGUGAGGUUGUAUGAUAUACGUACCACGAAUCCGAACCCUGUGGCGUCGUUUGAAGGGCACAAGGGGAACGUCACGUCGCUGUCCUUCCAACAGGACAACAAGUGGAUGGUUUCUUCGAGUGAGGACGGAACGAUUAAAGUGUGGGACGUUAGGUCGCCGUCGAUCCCGAGAAACUACAAACACAACGCCCCGGUCAACGAAGUGGUCAUCCAUCCGAACCAGGGAGAACUGAUCUCGUGCGAUAGGGACGGUAAUAUCCGUAUCUGGGACCUCGGUGAGAACCAGUGCACGCACCAAUUGACUCCAGAAGACGAUAUACCGUUGCAAUCUAUAUCUGUGGCCAGUGAUGGGUCCAUGUUGGUUGCGGCCAAUACAAAAGGGAACUGUUUUGUGUGGGAAAUGCCAAACCACACGGAUGCGUCCAAUUUGAAACCCGUGACCAAGUUUAAAGCGCACAACGACUACAUUACGAGGAUACUUCUCUCCUCGGACGUGAAACAUUUGGCAACGUGCUCUGCAGACCAUACAACAAGGGUUUGGUCCAUUGAUAACAACUUCAAGCUCGAGUCAACUUUGGACGGCCAUCAGAGGUGGGUCUGGGAUUGUGCGUUUAGUGCCGAUAGUGCAUACCUCGUGACAGCGUCAUCAGAUCAUUACGUCAGACUAUGGGAUCUGUCCACGAGGGAAGUUGUAAGACAGUAUGGUGGUCACCACAAGGGUGUUGUUUGCGUUGCAUUAAACGACGUGUGA